AUGGAGCCCGAAAUUCCCACUCAACCGCACCUCAGUCCGCCCCAGUCCACUUGCAGCUCAUCCCUCCCAGCGACCAUGGCGCACCACGAAGAGGACCACAGCUACCACCCCCAGGAUGCUGUUUCAGCAGCCAUCAAGACCACCAUGUUGACUGGUGGUGUUGGUCUCUUUGCUUCAGCUGUGCAGAACACCCUGGUGAGGCAGAACAUCGGCCCGCUGGGUAUCUUCAUUCGCAGCGGCAGCACUAUUACUAUCCUCGCUGCGAUGGGUGGUACCUACGAAUUCGCCAAGACCGCUUCAGCCAACCUACGUGAGAAGCAGGACCCUGUCAACACCGCCAUCGGCGGUUUCUUCUCCGGUGCCAUUCUGGGCCUCCGAGCCCGCACCCUCCCCGCCGUCCUGGGUUACGGUGUUGCCCUCUCAGCUGGUAUGUACGCUUUCGACUACACUGGUGGCAACCUGUUCGGAUACAGCAAGAACAAGGAGGAGGAUGAGUUUGAGCGCCGGACGAAGCUGCGCAAGGCCUUCCAGACCCCGGCCGAGCAGACUUUUGCCGAAUUGGGUGAGGGACGCGGCAUCUACGGCCCCAACUACGAGGAGCGCCGAGCAGAGCGGAUUAAGGAGGCAUAUGGCAUUGAGGUCCCCAGAUCCCCGGUCCCCGCAUCAUAA